UCAAACAAUAGAGAAAGGGUCAGACUCUCUAAUUGCUAUCGAGAUAGGAAGAGUGACGGGAAGAUAUAUUUUACCAUAUUUUGUUCCGAGAUUUAUACUGGGUCUUUUGAUUUUCUUUAUGCUAUUGAUAUAUAUGUAUGGGAGAAGACAUAUAUCAAUUUAUGCAAAUAUUGAAGGUUUUCUUCAAAGAAGUACCUUAAUGCCAAUUAGGUAUUCACACAAAGAAAUAAAGAAUAUGACAAGAUGUUUCAAAAACAAGCUGGGUGAAGGAGGAUUUGGAGCUGUUUAUAAAGGAAAGCUUCGUAGUGGAUCAUUUGUAGCCAUAAAGAUGUUGGGAAAAUCAAAGGGUAAUGGAGAAGAUUUUAUCAAUGAAGUCGCAACUAUAGGAAGAAUACAUCACGCCAACGUGGUUCGACUUAUUGGAUUUUGUGUGGAAAGAUCAAACCGAGCUCUUGUUUAUGAAUUCAUGCCCAAUGGUUCUCUUGAUAAAUACAUUUCUUCUAGAGAGAAUGUUAUUACUCUAACUUAUAAACAAAUGUUUGACAUAUCUCUUGGAGUGGCUCGUGGGAUUGCUUAUUUGCAUCAAGGAUGUGACAUGCAAAUUUUGCAUUUUGACAUUAAGCCACAUAACAUACUUCUUGAUGAGAGCUUUAUCCCCAAAGUUUCAGACUUUGACUUUGGUCUUGCAAAGCUUUAUCCUAAUGACAUUAGCAUUGUCACUUUGACUGCAGCAAGAGGUACAAUUGGUUAUAUGGCUCCUGAAUUAUUCUAUCAAAAUAUUGGAGGAGUUUCUUAUAAGGCUGAUGUAUAUAGCUUUGGAAUGCUUUUGAUGGAAAUGGCAAGUAAGAGAAGAAAUUUAAAUCCACAUGCAGAUCGUUCAAGCCAACUUUUCUUUCCUUUUUGGAUCUACAAUCAAUUGGUUGAAGAAAAGGACAUAGAAAUGGAUGAAAUUACCAAUGAAGAAAUGAUUAAUGUGAAAAAGAUGUUCAUAACUUCAUUAUGGUGUAUACAAUUAAAACCAAGUGAUCGGCCUCCAAUGGACAAAGUAAUAGAGAUGCUAGAAGGGAGUAUUGACAACAUCGAAAUUCCUCCAAAACCUUCUCUAUAUCCGAAUGAAAUUAUUCAGGAAGAUCUCGAAGUAACCUCUGAGGAAUUUGACUCAGAUGCUGCUACUGAUUGAGUCAGGUGUUGUUACUGACUUUGUUAGUUUCUAUAUGGAACAAGCAUAUAGCCUUUAUAUAAUGUACUCUA